UGGCUUCAAUAUCUCGCGACGUUCCUCACUUCUCGUGAGUCGCGUGAUCCACAUUGGUUUUUUCUCCUGCGAGGCUGCAAUUGAAAGCGCGACAUGAGUCAUGAGACUCAUGACAGAUACGGCUGCGGGAGUGUGAGAGACACACUCGGUUUUAUACUCCCGAGAGCACGGGAGAGAGAUUUAGAUUGCUUCCCGCAUCGUAAUCGGAUUAAUCUAUCGAUCUCAUUCUUCAUGCGUAUUCCAAAUCAGAUUUUUGUAAAUAUAAAGCAUUUGUUGGUCAAUCGAUGACAGUAUCUCGAUGUUUCCGGAUGCUCUCUGUGGAUUCCAUGCCCAGAGUUACUGCAACCUGGUUCACGAAUCGCAGCCUCUUCAAUCUCGCUCUAAGGCAAAGAAACUGAGUCUGUGCUUGAAUGGCUUGGAUGAGAUAGCACGUCUACUCAGGAUGUUCUUGAUUGCCCACGUGGUAAUGGGGAGUGCAAGAAACAUUAUCUGAAUUUGUACAUUUCUAUUGACCCUUUCCAUUGUGUGAAGGGGAUUGGUUCAGAUUGUCUGUUACAAUCCAUUUCAGUAAUCAAUUUAGUCGGGUAGAUUACUUGGGGCAUUGUUGUAUGGUUUGAUUCCCAUGUUUUCUUUUGCACAUCAAAUGGAGCAUGGGGACUCAUCUGAGAGUUUUUCAAAUACAGGAGGUUCUGAAAUGGGAAGCAGUUAUAUAAUGGAAUCGGGGUUCUUUAUCAAAUCUUUUGUGGCUACGAUUUUUGUUGCUGCACUUGUGACAAUUGGGCUUUUGUUCAUUACAUUGCUUAUUGCAUUAAUUGUUAUGUUGCAAUCCUGUGAAAGUAGGAGUUCUGGGGUUAUUCAGCUUCGGAAAAUAAGUGAUGAUUAUAGUUUUUGCAAGGUUUUUGCCCUACAUGCAGAGCUUAAUGCUUUGGAAGCUGAUGAGUUUCCAAAAAAUUGUAAGACACUUGCCAUUCAGUAUGUCAAAGAAGGUCAAUAUCUAAGAGAUUUGAACUUGACCAUGUCGGUGGCAGAUGACUACUACUUUAGUUUGGCACCAGAGAAAGAUGGUUUGGAUGUUGUGUUAAUCGAUGUGGAUGAUGUCCUGUCAAAUCCCUGUACUCAUCAAUUGAACAACCGACUUGGUCAGCAUGAAGAGAAUGAAUUGACUGAAGAGGCAAAGCAUCUAAAGCACAUGCUUGUUCUUGGAUUGUACAAGAAGCUUCAAGCUAGUGGAUGGUCCUUGAUUCUUAUCACCAGGAAGCCUGAGAAACAGUGGAAUGCUAUCCAAGAGAGCCUCAUUGUUGCAGGAUACGAGGGCUGGUCGUCUUUGAUUAUGAGAUCUGAUGAUGAAAUGCAAAUGGAGAACUGGGAAUACUUCUCCAGAAGAAGGGAACAUCUGCAAAACCAGGGCUUUCGUAUCACAAGCGUGAUUAGCAGUCAGCUAGAUGCUUUAACUGGACCAUGCUUGGGAAAACGUAAUUUCAAGCUUGCAAACCCAAUUUUCUACAGGCUAAAGGAACAGACUGAAAGCAUACUACUGCUACAAUAGAAUAUGUCCCUCAUGUUUACAGUCUCUUGUAAAUACUAAAUAUUCUUUUUGGCUACUAAGUCGAACCCUUGGAAUAGAAUCUUGUGGUCAGCACUCCUCCCCAACCCCAUUUCAACCACCUCCAGAUUCAACCAUUUUUAUGGACGAUAGAAUUGCCUUUGUAUGCAGAAAUUGUAAAUAUCCUUGAACAUGAGAAUUAAGCAAAGGAAUGUGGGAAAUUUGAUCA